CCAAGGAAAGGCCAAACCCUUGUCCCAGCAAUUGGUGUACUAGCCCCCUAGCUCUCUACCCAUCGUUCUCUUGCUCAUGACCUUUGCGACGACAAACUACGACUAACGACGAACAACCAUGACCGCUACGCAAAAUAUUAUUGACGAAGAAACACCGUUGUUGAGAGGAGAGGAUGGAAAUGUGAAGAAGAAACAGGUUACACCCCUACCCUGGUUCCAGUUCUCGUUGGUGUUGCUCCUGCAACUCGCGGAACCGUUGACCUCGCAGGUUAUCUCGCCGUUUAUGCCUCAGUUGAUUCGUGAGUUGGGGAUCACAGGAGGCGACGAAGCCGCCGUUGGGUAUUAUGUCGGGAUAAUGCAUUCUAUAUUCUUCUUGACCCAAGCCUUGACCGUGCUGCAUUGGAGUAGACUCUCCGAUACCAUCGGACGAAAACCGGUAAUCAUCAUGGGACUCACCGGUCUCUCGCUCUCGAUGUAUUCGUUUGGUCUCUCGAAGACGUUCUGGGGCUUGGUACUCAGUCGAAGCUUGAAUGGCGCCCUCAAUGGAAAUAUUGGCGUCAUCAAGAGUAUGAUGGCAGAGAUGACCGACGAAACAAACAUCUCAAGAGCUUAUGCUUAUUUCCCCAUCUCGUGGUCCACUGGGAGCACCCUCGGUCCUAUCAUCGGCGGUUCGCUCUCUAAACCCGCGGAACGCUUUCCGCGAUGGUUUGGCGACAGUGAAUUCCUCAAAGCGUAUCCUUACUUCCUUGCAUGCGCUGUUCCAGCGACAUUCUCGCUCACAGCACUCAUUGUGACUCUCUUUUUCCUCAAAGAAACACUGCCCAACCCUAUCUCUAUCAAGCAACUCUUGAGAAUACGAGGCCAAAAAUCGGACCUUGUCCUCCAAGGCGUUGUCGGUUCGCAGGACCCCUCAGUUACCCAAAAUCCCUCACCAAAACCUUUACCGAGCGAAAAGCAACUACCCCUGCGAUCACUACUCACUCGGCGCGUUAUCAUCGCUGCCGGAAACUACGCCACCAUCUCGUUAGUCGACAUUGCCUUCCGAGCCAUCCAACCUCUCUUUCUCUCUACCCCAAUUGAGAUGGGUGGGCUCGGGCUGCCACCACCUAUCAUUGGCAACCUGCUUUCCAUCUACGGAGUCUUCAAUGGAGUCUUUCAAGUGUUCUUCUUUGCGAAGAUCAAUGAUAGAUUCGGGUCUCGGAAUACCUUCUUAGCAGGGAUGGCCUUUGCGAUACCCGCUUUUGCUUUAUACCCUUUGCUGAAUAUGAUGGCUAGGAGUCAGGGCCUCACGCCGAUGGUCUAUGGCCUUGUAGUGUUCCAGAUCCUCAUCUCCAUUGGAAUGAGCUUGUGUUAUGGGGCUGUCUUCAUCUUUAUUGCUGCCGCAGCACCUAACCGUGCGUCCCUUGGGGCCACCAACGGUCUCAGCCAGGUAGAGUGUGAAAUCAUCUCUUAA